AUGGGGCCCCUCCGGGAAACCAAGGAACAUAGAGGGCAGCAUCACGAGAAGGAGUUUUCCCGAAGCCGAAUUCCCCGAUUGAUCCUUCGGCCUCACCUACCCCAGCAGCAGCAGAAAGUAUCUCCAGCAUCUGAGUCUCCCUUCUCUGAGGAGGAAAGCAGAGAGUUCAAUCCCAGCAGCUCUGGACGGUCUGGGAGGACGAUUAGCAGCAACAGCUUCUGUUCAGAUGACACUGGGUGCCCAAGUAGUCAAUCAGUAUCUCCUGUGAAGACUCCCUCAGACACUGGAAACAGUCCAGUAGGCUUUUGCCCUGGAAGUGAUGAAGACUUUACCAGAAAGAAAUUUAAUAUUGGAAUGGUUGUUGAUGGAAAUACCCAGUCAUCCCGAUAUAAGAAGGAACCAAAGACAUGUCUCACCAAGCCAGGUAGCGAGGCUGACUUUAGCUCUUCGGGCAGCACGGGCAGCAUCUCGGCUCCUGAGGUCCAUAUGUCCUCCUCCACUGCUGGAAACAAGCGAUCCUCUUUUCCACGCAACCGUGGUCCCCAUGGACGGAAUAAUGGAUCUUCAUCUCACAAGUCUGGCAAUAGCCCACCUUCUCGGGAGAAAGACCUUCUGUCUAUGUUGUGCAGGAAUCAACAAAGUCCUGUUAAUGUCCACCCAAAUUAUGGGCCUUCAUCCCCCAGUAGCAGUAAUUCUGGCUCAUAUAAAGGAAGCGAUAGUAGCCCAAUCAUGAGGAGGCCUGGGAGGUAUAUGUCUUGUGGAGAAAAUCAUGGUGUAAAACCCCCAAACCCGGAGCAGUAUUUGACUCCUCUGCAGCAGAAAGAGGUUACAGUGAGACACCUCAAAACCAAAUUGAAAGAAUCUGAGAGCCGACUGCAAGAGAGGGAAACAGAAAUUGCAGAGCUAAAAUCUCAGUUAGCCCGCAUGCGAGAGGACUGGAUUGAAGAGGAAUGCCAUCGAGUGGAAGCCCAGCUGGCCUUAAAGGAAGCAAGAAAAGAGAUUAAACAGCUGAAGCAGGUCAUUGAAACCAUGAGAAGUAGCCUUGCUGAUAAAGACAAGGGAAUACAGAAGUAUUUUGUAGAUAUAAACAUCCAAAAUAAGAAAUUGGAAUCUUUACUUCAGAGCAUGGAGAUGGCGCAGAAUGGAUCCCUCAGAGAUGAGCAGUGUCUAGACUAUCUAUGUGAUUCCCCAGUGAAAAGUUUACCUCCCAAUACUGCCUAUGGCAAAAUGGCAGAUGCACGGGCUUUGGAAGACCAAACCAUAGAGGAAGGAGCUGAGAGUGAGUUACUGGCCAUUGAAAAUGUGGAAAAUAACGCAGAUUUGUUUGAAGAGAUUAUGAUGGCCACCACCACAGAUGCAGGUGACCUCUCCCUCUUACAUUCCACAUCUGUUUCCUCACCACUUAAAACGAAGGCUUUUGAAAUGGUCCCAGUCAAUCAGGAGGAAGACAGCACAGUGACCGAACAGGCCAUUCAGACUGAUGUGGUGCCAUAUAGCCCUGACGUAGAGCAGCUCAUUCAGAAUAUGCUCAAGUUGCAAGAGCCUCGGCCCUCCAGCCCAUCAUCCCUCGAUGAGUCUGAGGCCGACCUGAUAGAAAGCUUCCCAGAGGCCACAUCAGCUCUAAUGGUUGAUCUCACGCCCAGUGAUCCAAACUCCGCCAUUCUAUUGUCUCCUAUGGAGACGCCCUACAGCAAGAUGGAAGCGGAAAGUCACGAAAACCGAGUCAUGAGGGAACUGGAUUUCAUGGCCUUUCCUGAAGAAAGAUUUGGCAACGUCAUUCAUCUCUCUCAGGCAGGAAUGGCGAAACAGUACUGGAGCAGCAGUUUCCUGGUGGAUCUUUUGGCCGUAGCAGCCCCCAUCAUCCCCACGGUCAUGUGGGCAUUCAGUACUCAAAGAGGCGGCAUCGAUCCAGUCUAUAACAUCGGAGCGUUACUGCGAGGCUGUUGCCUGGUCGCCCUGCAUUCUCUCCGUCGUACCCCAUUCCAUAUUCAAACCUAGAAGGUUGCCCUCCUCCUAUGCCAGUUUGUUCUGUGUGGUGUUGUGCCAGGUAGAAGAGCAGCGUCUCUUGUGAUGCUCUGUCCAAGAAUGUGUCUUAUCUAAUGGCAGUCUGUCCUGUCGUUUGCUUCUUGGUAUUUGAUUUGCACUAUAUAUAGUUGAAUGCCUAUUCACUGUUUAAAAGCCGGAGGUAUCUUCCAAAAGCAUGGAGACCUGACCUGGUUGAAGUUGAUGUCCCUUAACUGUGGUAUGGAAAGCAUGCUAAUGAUCCUGCGGUGUUGUCUGAGGUACCAGCUCUUAUACUAGUGGUUCAGAAAGAGGAGAAAUAAAUAAAGGUUUGCACUUUCAAGGCAGCUGACAUAAGGCUGGCAUGUGUCUGUCUCCACGCUUUGCCCUGUGCCGUUUUAAAAGUGUGUGGUUGUCCCAGCAUUUCAGUGGUCUUGUGCAUAGCAGGGGAUUGUAACCAAAAAUAAAAAUGCAUUCGUGUAACUGGUUUGGAGAAGUCUUUAUAGCUCUUUUAAUGUUUUACUUAGAUUUGAAAAGCUAUGAGUGUUGGACAAAGUUUAUAUUAAAUGUAGUUCCAGAGUCGUAAAUGAGCUGUUUGUUCUUAAACCUGUUAAUUAAUGAAGUUGUAUUCAAGUUUACCAUGUAUUAAUUUAUUUUUUGCUUAUUAUAUAUAGUGUUUUAUUGGAAAUUAUGUUUGUAAUCACAAAUUAAAAGCAUGUUGAAAAUGCAAAUUAGCGUUUUAAUUUAGUGAAAUAUCAUUCUUCCUGAACCACCUAGGAGGAUAGAAAGAAUAUCCUACACAGAUCUAUCAUGCAUAUGAGAUUUAAUUGCCAAGGUUGACAGAAAACAGGCCAAAUGCAUGGUGUUUUCUUUCCUCCAGGGAGCUUCUCUUUGCUCAUAGAAAUCCCUAAAAUAGCUGCUCAUGGAGAAAAACUUUACCCCAUCUUCAAGCAAACUUGCAAACAGCUUGAAUGAGAAUAAUGAGGGCUGGCAUUUACAUAGCACUUUAAGGUUUGCAAAGCAGUUUUGUUCUCUUCCUACUAUCUGGAAUUCUCCCACUCCUCACUUCUGCUUCCUGGCUUCUCUGCCUUCCUCCAAGACUCAAUGCUGCCCAAAUCCCAUGCUCUGCAGGUGGGCUUUUCCAUCCCCAACCCCAGUGCCUGUCCUUUGAGAUUACUUUCUAUUUUUUACUGUAUAUAUAUCUUGCGUGUACAUAGGUGUUUGCAUAUUGUCUUCUCCAUUAAAAUGUGCGUUUCUUGAAGGCAAGGACCAUGUUUUUUCCUUUCUUUGUAUCUCUAGCACUUAACAUGGUACCUGGCCCAUAGCAAA